UGGAAUAAUGAUUUUCCCCCUUUUCAGGGCUGGCAUUGGAUUGCCAGCUGUGUUAAAGACAAGGCAAGCUGUUUGCCAGUCUACUAAAAUCAAGCACAGGUGGCUUUAUUUCCAGUACAGUAGUUCUUAAAGUUUAAAAUUACCAGUACACUCCAUGGGACAUUCCUGAACAACCAACACCUUUCUUCCAAAUAGCAACAUGUGGAUUUUUCUAAAUCUACCUGAGGCUGGAGUUUUUAAUUGAGUAGAGCAUCAACAACAUGGACAGUGUAGCUUUAUUCAACAUGCUAGAGUGUCCAGUGUGCCUGGAAAAGCUGGAUAUUUCAGCCAAGGUGCUUCCAUGCCAGCACACAUUCUGUAAGCCUUGUCUCCAGAGAAUUUUGAAAUCGCACAAGGAGCUGAGAUGUCCUGAAUGUCGAACUCUUGUUCUCAGCAAUAUUGAAGAACUGCCUUCCAACCUGUUUUUGAUACGCUUAUUGGAUGGAAUCCAGUUUGGACCAAACAUGAUGAAGUUUGGCUCACUCCAAAGAUCCUCAACCUCCUCUGCUCCUGCUUCCAUCAGGAAUAUGGGGGGAGGGCCAAAAAACAUAGAACUCAAUCAACAUCGGAUAACUUCCAGUCCCAGGAUUCCUUUGGAAGAGGUUCCCCGGGCUAAAGCCUUAUACAGCUACAGAGGACAGAACCCUGGAGAACUGAGAUUCAACAAAGGAGACAUCAUUAUAUUAUACCGUCAGCUGGAUGAAAACUGGUAUCUAGGAGAAAUCAAUAGGGUCAGUGGAGUUUUCCCAACAAAUGCCGUGCAAGUUAUCAAACAAUUGCCACAGCCACCACCACUGUGCCGAGCACUAUAUAAUUUUAAUCUGAAGUCCAAGAAUAAAAAUGAAAAAACAGAUUGCCUGCCAUUUCAUAAGGGUGAUAUAAUCACUAUAAUCAGUCGAAUAGAUGAAAAUUGGGCAGAGGGCAAGUUGGGUGAUAGAACUGGAAUUUUCCCCAUCUUGUUUGUGGAGCCAAAUACAACAGCACAGCAACUUCUUCAGAGGAGCAAAACUUACCAGUCUUCCACCCUGAAAUGUGCUUCUCCUUUACAAAAGUUCUUACCUAGACCAAAAGGGGUAGAGUCACCCACUUUCUGCAAAGGAUCUGAAUCCAGAAGGAAGAGCGUGAGGCAGUUCUCUAUUACGACUGCCCUAAAUACCCUCAACAGGAUGGUCCAUUCGCCCACAGGAAGGCAGACUUUGGAAAUCAGUUCUCCUGUGCUCAUCAGUUCUAGCAACCCUUGUGUGGCUAAAAAGAACCAAGAGAAAUUAGAAGUCCCAUAUAACAUACCAGAACAGGUCAGCCCUUCCUGUUACGUGGACCCUGAAGCCAUGGGGCACUCUACAGCCAUUGUCAGCCUUCCCCACUUACAGCAACAUCUAUCUUUGAAUAUGUGCGUCGCGUUGCACUCCUAUACGGCUCACAGUCCAGAUGAGCUCAACUUGCGAAAAGGAGAAGGCAUUCGUGUUUUGGGAAAAUACCGUGAAGGUUGGCUGAAAGGAAUGUCAUUGAUCACAGGAAAAGUCGGAAUCUUCCCCAGCAAUUAUGUUGCUCCAUUUUUCAGAAAAUCCUCCAGCUUCUCUGAUUCAAAAAUGCCUUCCCUUUAUGCAACUUGGACAUUAUCCACUUCCUCACUUUCAUCCCAGGGAAGCAUCUCAGAGAAUCGCCCAGGACAAAGCAGACCUCUGAAAUCUCUGGCUUCACCUGUGAGGAAUCUCUCUUUGCCCAGCGCUUCAGGGCACGCAGCAUCCCUGAGAAGAGGACGUAGUAGCAAUAAGAAAAAUGGAUCUUUACAGAAACCUUUGCAACCAGGAGCCCUUAUUCCAUUCACCAACUCUCUUCGGCGGCCUCCUCCAACUCCAGUACGAUCCCAACAAACUCCAAUAUAUCAGUCUAUUUCCACUUUGCCCCGAGGAGUUGGCUCAGCUGAUACAGGAAUCAAACUGAGCACCUCCCAUAAUUCUUCCUUAGUGCUAUUGCCCCGAAGCGGAGGCAGCAGAGCUCCUUCUGUGUGUAGCUCAGUCAUUUUGGAUACCAAUGAAGUACCAAAGAAUGAACUAGCUGUAAAGCCACCUGUAUCUGCUCCACCUUCCAUUCUGGUGAAACCAGACACCUUCAAAAACACCACUGAGAAGCAAGUGAAAACAGUGAGAUUUCAGAACUACAGCCCGCCACCAUCCAAGAGACAUAAUUCUGUAUCUUCACCAAACCUCUCCAAUAGCAAACAUGAACAAAGAGUGAUUACAGAAGCAACACAACCAGAAUCGAACAUCAAGGGCCCAGAAAUAUUGGCUUUAUAUUCCCAUCGCAUUAUCCCUAGUUCGGUUAAUCAGAAGAGGAUGCCACAGCACAAGACCUCACCACUGGACCUUUCUAGCCAAGCGGGUCACCCAACCUUUCCUACAAAAAAGAAUUAUAAUAGCAUCUCUGAGAACUGAGAAGUUUAACCCUAUUUAAAUGGCUUUGUUUUGGACAUGCAUUAUUACUCAUUGUUUGUAAACAAGCAAAAGGAUCAGCAACCAUAUAGGAUAUAGGUUCUAGAUCCAAUCUGCUAAUAACUUUUAAAAUGUUUAAAUUUUACCAAUGGGCUCAGCCUCUUUUAGGAGUCUAGAAUCUCACUGAUGCUUAUGAGAUCUCACAUCUCCCCACAAUAUGGGAAGUUCUUGUUUUGUGUGGCUCAGAUCUACACCUCACGCUGCAUGAGCUGCAAUGUCCUUCGUAUGCAAAAACUAGCACAGUUGCAGUGUCAAUUCUAUUAUCAUUGUUAGAUCAAAAAUUAAGCAAGGAAAGGAUUGGGAGUAUGGAGGCUAUUCAAAAUCCACAUUGCUCUAAAUUCAAAACCUCUACAAUUCAGCUGUGAACAAGAACAAAGAGUUGUUUUGUUUUGUAUUCUGACCAGUUUUUAAGCACAGUUUAACCACUAUCCUUUCUUUCCCUCUUUUGGGGCUGAGCUGUCAGAUUUUUCUUAUACCUUAAUGUUUCCAUUUGCACUUUUCAUUUAUAUUAGAAUUCAGAAUGCUUAUUUUUUUAGAAAUUAAAAAUCAUUCCCUGCUUCAAAAACAUUAUCUCCAAGGGAGAUAAUGGAAUAAACUCACGGAGCAAUUCUCACUCAAUUGAAGGACCUAUCAGGCUUUCAUCCACGCAAUGAUUAAGACCAACUUCUCAGAUUUUCUCCCUGGCUACCUAGCCUCAGCAAUAAACAGAAUUGGAACUCUAUCGUAUUAACUAGUUGUGACUGAUGUUUAGGGUAGCGUUAUAUAUGCAGCUUCAUUUUGUUCCCCUUAUUAGCUCAAAGGUGGUGCCCUCUAGCCUGAAGUAAGGGAACACACCAUUUUGUGAUUGCUCCUGCAGGGUCAUGUCAAUAAAUGUUGGAGUUCAUAUUCUUGGAUGAUUGCAUAGAACCAAUGAAGCUAAUGCAACACA